AUGUUCUCUGUCAAAGUUAUGCCUUGGGUUUUACUUCCUUUGUUAAUUGUAUUACUAGUAGUAAAAGCUGCAGAGAAAGAAAAAGUUGCAAAGGCCAAGCCAAAAGACUUGAGUUUGAAGGACAUUGCCUUUGUUGUUAUCAGUCAGCCGAACUCUUAUAAUCUACAAAGGUCCUCAGAGUUCAAGAAACAUUUUCAAGAACAAGUUAAAGAUUUAAAAAAGGAUGAAAGACCUAGACUAUACUUUACUCAUGAAAACUGGGAUUUGAUAGGAGCCUUCACAGUUCUGCCCCUGAUGCCAGUGUUUGCCAAAGACUUUCAAGAAUUCUCUUGGAUUUUCAUAUGUGAAGAAGAAACAAGAUUGGAUGUUUUCAAACUCUUGGAUGUUCUGCGAAAAUAUAACCCAAAGAAGGAGUACUUCCUGGGUAAAGCUCUUAGAGACAGAGAAGCCACCAUUAUACACCAUUUUGCCAAUGCUAAUAAUCCAUCAGCCUUUGCCUUCCCUGACUUUGGUGCUGGGAUUGCUCUAAGCAAAGGAUUGUUUAUGAGUGUAGGACAAAGAUGGCCAGAUGACUCUGUUAGGUCAGAUUUUACCAUAGAUCCCAAGCAUGAACUAGCUGUGGUGCUACAGAAUGGUGAUAAAGGAGUGAAUCUAACAGAAGUACCAGAGUUAUGUACCUUUGACUACAAUGAAAAGUGUGCAUCUUGGUAUCCUGUAAAGUUUCCAGAUUGUGGACCAGAAAUUCCUGAAGACAAAUUGUUUGUUGGAGUGAAGACUUGUGAGAAGUUCCACACAGACAGAGUGCCCAUUGUGAAAGAAACUUGGGGAAAAGACACAAAAAACAUUGAGUAUUUUAGUGAGAAGGAAGACCCUGACAUUCCCACCAUCAGCCUAGGGGUCCCCAAUACAGAGAGGGGGCAUUGUGGGAAGACUAUGGCUAUGUUGAGGAGAUGGCACAAAGACAAGAAAUAUGCCAAGGCCUCCUGGUUUUUAAUUGCAGAUGAUGACACAAUUAUCAAUUUAAAGAGACUGAGGAAGUUACUGGCUUGCUAUGAUCCUAAGGAACCUGUUCACCUGGGGGAAGUUUAUGGUUAUGCUAUAGCCAAGAAAAAUUGGGGCUAUACCUACAUCACAGGAGGGGGAGGGAUGAUUUUCAGCAGAGAGGCCAUUAAUCAGUUGGUGAUAAAUGGUGAGGCUGAUUGUCAUGCCGAUGAUUCUCCUGAUGAUAUGACACUUGGAAUGCGAUACAAACGGCUAGACAUCAGUUUGGUUCACAGCCCAUAUUUCCAUCAGGCUCGACCAGUGGACUACAGUGUAGACUUCCUGGCCGCCAGAACUCCUCUAUCAUUCCACAAACACUGGAUGUCAGACCCCAGGGCUGUGUAUGCUGACUUAAUGAAGGAAAACACAGAUAGUCAGACAGACAAGGUGUCCACUACAACAGAGAAAUCUGAAGGAGAGCAUGAAGAGUUAUAGUGUUAUAGUUAUUACUGCAAUCAAUCAAAUACAGAGGGAAAAAAUGUUCUUGAUUUCAUUUAAUAUACACAUGCUUUAUUCUGUGGGUUUAUAAUUCUGUGGGAUUAACAAAUUCAGCUUGAUCAGGAGGUCAUUAAUUAAUUCCACUCAUAUCCAUUGUAAUUUUAGUGGAGGAUAGAAUCUACAAAAGGCCCAUAUAUUUAAAAAAAAUCUUAAAAUAUAUAUUUAAAUGCUAAAGUUGUUGUUUCUGUUUUAAGAAACCUAGAUCUUUUAAAGAGUAAUGAAAUUUAAGCUGCCAAAAAUACUGCCAAACAAUGAAAUGUUUUUAGUUUUUUGUAUUUCAUAUCAUAUAUGGAAUCCAUGAUUAAUAAUGAUGGUGACCAUGCAUGGAAAACUUUAAAUUUACUUUAGAUA